AUGUGCACGCUGAAGUUCUGGAGCAUCUGCGCGUUUCUCCUCCUCUCGGACCACUCCUUCUCCAUGAAAUGCAAGCAACAUAUACUGAGGGACCGGAAUGCACAGUGCAUACGGCUUCUGACUGACAUGGGCGGCGAUUUUCCAGUCAAGUGCCUGAAAGAAAAUGUCAAACUCAUGUUUCCAGAGGGUGUUUAUGACAUCACGAGCGAAUCUCAGGAUCAUGAUAUUGCAGCAGUAGCAUAUGAUGCCUUGAGAGACGUGGUCAAGAUCUUCAACAAUAGCCUGGUUUCCACAUCUUGGGAUCCUGAAAAACUUGGUCUCUUUAAACAUAAAUUGUCUCUUCAAAUUGAAAACUUGGAGCAGUGUGUUCGAGGUGAGAUGACCUUCUCCGGUGAUGGAAGUUUUCCCUCAGAAGAUAAUGGGAGGCUGAAGUCCUACUUUGAAAGGCUGACUACGUUUUUAAAAGAAAAGGGGCAGAGCGCUUGCGCAUGGGAGGUUGUGAGGAAAGAAGUUUCUUACAGCUUGAAGAAGCUCCAAGAGUUUUUAUAA